AUGGGAGGCAAGAAUAAGAAGAAGAGCGCCGCCGGCGCCGAUGGGAUGGCCAGUUCCAGCAAGAAAAAGAAGGGACGCGGCGGCAUGAGCGACAAGCAAGAAGAGAACAAAACCAGAACCUUGGAGGACCUCAACUCUUCCUCAGCUUGGGAUCGUGAUGAUGCCGAAGACGAUGCGACACGCGAACCGGACGACGUUGCCGAAACUUCCGAAGAGCCCAUCGAAUCCACUCCAACUACAGAACAGGCACAGGAUGUAACUGAAACUGAGCCAGUCAAGAGCGACGACCCGCAGGACGAGCUUCCACAGCAAGAGCCCGAUGUCGCGGAGACUGAGAUACCUUGGACUACGACGCCGUCAACGCGAAAGAACAAGGCAAGCAACGUAUCAGACGCUGAAGAUGUCUCCAGUGAUGCCCUUCCUAGCAUCCAAGUCCCUACCGACUCAUGGUCUUUUGGUGAGAAAGGCGUCACCGAUGAUGCGAAGUCUCAAGAUGCUGGACAGCUCCAAGAUACUACAAACUUUCAUGAGGAUGUCGGCGAUAAGCUCAAGCAUCUUUCGCUCGAAACACAAACGUUACAAGAAGACGUGAAAGUAACAGAUGGCAAAGAGAAGCAGGAUACGAUCGUUGCAGCUGAUAACGCUGUGCGCCGGCCAAAGGUCGAGGAUGAAGCAGCACUUGGAAAUUCUAGCGACGAGUCAUCAGCUCCUCUCGAAGCUCAUCGGGCGCUGUCACCGUCGCCUCUCAAAGAACAGCUUGGAGAAACCCGUGAGCCUACUGAAGAUCAGGGAAACAAAGUACGAGCGUCGACCGAAUUGCCUCAAAAGCCGAAGCUCAACGAUCGACCUGCACCACCUACUCAGGAAAUGGUAAAGCAGCCUGCGACUGCGCGACCCCUUGCUGAUAAGCCGCAACUACCAAGCAAGCCUCAGUCCUCUACUGAGGUCCAACAAACCCAAGCACCACCACCGGCACAGUUGCAGCAGCCUCCCAAGUCCAAGCCGCCUAUUCAGGCUCAAACACAAUUACCGGUACAGUCACAACGGCCUAGCAAGUCUAAGACUUCUGUUCAAGUUCAAGGCACCCAAACAGAACACUGGACACCUCCGCUGCCCCCAGUCACGCCUAAGAACCCUACCCGAGACCAAGGCACCAAUACAGAGCCAUGGACGCCUCAACGGCCUCCGUUCAAGCCCAAAACUCCUACCCGAGACCAGGGCACCCAGACAGAGCCAUGGUUUGAGCCACAGCCGCCGGCCAAACACGAAACCAUCACCCGCAACCAAGGCGCCCAGGCACAAGUACCGUCUUCGUCAGCCCCGAAGCCAAAGUCUCAUGGUAGGGCGGAGCCUCCUCUUCGAGGGAUCCUGAAAAAGUCUACCGCUUCGCCGUCAGCUUCCACUAGGCCGCAGAACCAAGAAAUCGAGAUCUCCAAUGGCCCGCGAGCACCGCGACCUUCCAAUUCCGCCACGCCAUCAGCUUCCACCGGGCCGCAGAAUCAAGGAAGCGGCUUUCCUUAUGGUCGGCCAGCACCGCCGUCUAACGGUCUCGCACAGUCUAGCCAGAACCGGCGAUCGUUGGAACCAGAGCGGAACAACCAUGGCACGGCUGGGUCGACUUAUGGCUCAGCAAGCGGAACACCACUCGGAAGAUUCAACGUGCCUGCAACGCCUCCGGUUCGAUCAACUCCAGAUCAACGCAGAUCACCUCGACCAAUCCUAAUCCAAGCGGACCCUGAUUUAGUUGUAGAGCUGGUUGUAAAUCACCAGUAUGAUAGAUCCGCAAUAGCUUACCAACGCACCCUGGCGAGGAACACGGAUCACUUCAUUAAACCUGGAAACUUAUACCCAGCUUCUGGAAAAGUGAGGAGCCACUUCGUGGGCGAACAAUUCUCCAGCCGAGUGGUCAAAGAAUACGUGGAGUGGCUAGAUCGUGGUAGGCUUCCUACCAUGGCUUCCCUUGGUCGACUCACUCCUUCCAGAGCUGACGAGGUUCUCAUGUUCUUGGCUCGCGCAUACAUUUUUGGCGAGCGGAUCGACGACAGGGCUUGGAUGAACGAUGUCAUGAAUUCGUUUACCUAUGUGCAUAUCCAUGAUUGGCGCCUCGAGCUGGACGAUGUCAUCUUAUUCACGUAUAAGUUUUCGGUUUCUGAUUCACGUCUGCGUACGCUUUUGGCGGAUUUGUUCGCGUACCUUCUCCCUGACCCUGAGCAAUUGUUGUCUCAGGAUGCCAUCCCACUAGUGGAGGAAUUGAGGGUCCUGCCGGCAGCAUUUAUUCGCGCUGUACGACGCGAGAUGAUGCAGAGGAUAAAUUGUACGCCCUCGUGCUGGCGCGCCCGUCUCGAUCACCCAUCGCAUUACUAUGUUGAUGAAGAGGGAGAGGGUGGGCUUUCAUGGAGACAAGCGCUUGAUUGUGGGCAUAGCGAGGCUACAUUGAUGAGGUAA